AUGGAGAGCGGCAAGCUGGCCCCUCCGACCUUACAGGUCAACACUCGACAGCGCGCACUUAGCAACGCCGACACUAUCACAUCAUCCAUAUCUGAUCCUUUCCGGACACCAGUAUCACCACUUUCGGAUGUGUCACCAAGCAACGCAUCGACAGCAGUACACGACCCCGAGACAGCAUUACUGCCCGACCCUGGGACAGAGAACGACUUCGAGGUGAACAAUAACCCUUUUGCCUUCUCUCCUGGACAACUCAACAAGCUCCUAAAUCCCAAAUCACUAGCUGCUUUCCAAGCAUUAGGCGGGCUGCGAGGCAUCGCACAUGGACUACAGUCGGACACACAUACUGGCUUGAGUGUUGAUGAAGCAUCCGCUCCUCGACACGUAACAUUCGACCAGGCUGUCCACGGCGCAUCUAUUGGUAGCAAGGUCGAGCGGUCACACAGCGGCGGAACACCUUUCGAAGACCGAAUACGGAUCUAUGGGCGCAACGUAUUGCCCCCUAAGAAGGCCACGCCUCUAUUGAGACUGAUAUGGAACGCCUACAAUGAUACGGUCCUUAUUGUCCUUACAGUCGCCGCCGCUAUUUCUUUAGCACUUGGCUUGUACGAGACAUUUGGCGCAGAGCAUCCUCCGGGGUCGCCGACACCAGUCGACUGGGUCGAGGGUCUUGCCAUCUGUAUUGCCAUCGUGAUUGUCGUCCUAGUGACGGCUAUCAAUGACUGGCAAAAGGAGCAAGCUUUCGUCCGACUAAACGCAAAGAAAGAGGAGCGCGAGAUUAAGGUUACGAGGUCUGGCAAAGCCAUUAUGAUCAGCGUCUACGAUGUACUCGCUGGGGAUAUCAUCCACAUGGAGCCCGGUGAUGUCAUUCCCGUCGAUGGUAUCUUCAUCGAAGGCCACGAUGUCAAAUGCGACGAGUCGUCCGCCACAGGAGAGUCUGACGCCAUCCGCAAGACACCCAGCGCUACGGUCACGAAGGCACUCGACAAUGGCCAAUCGCAGAAGGGACUUGAUCCUUUCAUCAUCUCUGGCGCCAAGGUUAAUGAAGGUCUUGGUACCUACAUGGCUACAUCUGUCGGCGUCCACAGCUCGUUCGGCAAGAUUAUGAUGUCUGUCCGGACUGAGAUGGAGGCUACACCUCUCCAAGAAAAGCUCGGCGGUCUUGCUGUUGCCAUCUCCAAGAUUGGUAGCGCUGCUGCGGGUGUUCUCUUCUUCAUCCUACUCUUCCGCUUCAUUGGUGGUCUGCCCGGCGACAACCGCCUACCAGCCGCGAAGGGUUCUGCAUUUAUGGAUAUCUUGAUCGUCGCAGUCACCAUCAUUGUUGUUGCUGUUCCCGAAGGUCUUCCUCUUGCCGUCACACUCGCCUUGGCUUUCGCGACUACAAGGAUGCUGAAGGAGAACAAUCUCGUUCGUGUUUUACGAGCGUGUGAAACUAUGGGCAACGCAACCGCCAUCUGCUCCGACAAGACUGGAACUCUCACUACCAACAAGAUGACAGUUGUGGCGGGCAAGUUUGGUUCCGCCAGCUUUGCACAGUCAGACUCCGAGGCAAUUACCACUGUCGCGUCUUGGGCAUCCGAUGUUAACCCUGCCGCCAAGGAACUUCUCGUCCAGUCCAUUGCCGUCAACUCGACUGCCUUUGAGGGCGAAGAGGAGGGCAGACAGGUGUUUGUGGGAUCCAAGACUGAGACCGCUCUGCUGCAGCUUGCUAAGGAUCACCUUGGUCUUAUCUCUCUGCCCGAGACCCGCGACAACGAGGAGGUCAUUCACAUGAUGCCUUUCGACUCGAGCAAGAAAUGUAUGGCUGCAGUCAUCAAACUCAGGUCUGGCGGCUAUCGUAUGGUUGUCAAGGGUGCUUCCGAGAUUCUUCUCCGCAUGUGCUCCGAGCAGGCCAACUUCCAGACACUCGAGCCUCAACCUCUUACUGAGGAGGGUCGCCAGGAUUUGCUUAGCACCAUCAGCGAGUUCGCCAACAGGUCCCUUCGUACCAUCGGCCUUGUUUACCAGGAGUACACUCAGUGGCCCCCAGCACAUGCCGGCACCACUGAGACUGGCAGUGUUGACUUCGAGACCAUCCUCCGCGAUCUCGUCUUCUUCGGCAUAGUUGGUAUCCAAGACCCGGUUCGCCCAGGUGUGCCAGAGGCUGUUCGCAAAGCUCAAGGCGCCGGCGUUACUGUUCGCAUGGUCACUGGUGACAAUAUGCAAACCGCUCGUGCCAUUGCUUUGGAGUGCAACAUCUACACUGAGGGUGGCGUUGUCAUGGAAGGCCCAGAGUUCCGCCGCCUUUCGGAGGCUGAGAUGGACGAAGUCAUCCCUCGUCUCCAGGUUCUGGCUCGCUCUUCGCCCGAGGAUAAACGUGUUCUCGUCAUGCGCCUUAAGGCCCUCAAUGAGAUUGUGGCUGUCACAGGCGAUGGUACCAAUGACGCACCUGCUUUGAAGGCUGCCAACAUUGGUUUCUCCAUGGGCAUCUCAGGUACAGAGGUCGCUAAAGAAGCAUCCGCAAUCAUUCUUAUGGAUGACAACUUCGCAUCCAUCAUCACCGCGCUCAUGUGGGGACGCGCUGUGAACGACGCCGUUCAGAAGUUCCUUCAGUUUCAGAUCACCGUCAACAUCACUGCGGUUGUGCUCGCUUUUGUCACCGCCGUUUAUGACGACCAGAUGCAGCCUGCUCUCAAGGCAGUCCAGCUCCUGUGGGUCAAUUUGAUCAUGGACACCUUCGCUGCCCUCGCCCUUGCUACCGAUCCUCCUACCGAGCGCAUCCUCAACCGCCCUCCUCAGGGCAGGGACAAGCCACUCAUCACCACCACGAUGUGGAAGCAGAUCACUGGUCAGAACAUCUACAAACUCACCGUCAUUUUCGUUCUUUACUUCGCCGGUGGCGAUAUUCUCGGCUACGACCUCUCUGAUCCCAUGAAGAAGCUCGAGCUCGAUACCGUCAUCUUCAACAGCUUCGUCUGGAUGCAAAUCUUCAAUAUCUUCAACAACAGGCGUCUCGAUAACAAGCUCAACAUCUUUGAGGGUAUCCACCGCAACCACUUCUUCACUUUCAUCGUUCUUCUCAUCAUCGGUCUCCAAGUCAUGAUCAUCUUCGUUGGUGGUCGCGCCUUCCAAAUUAAGCCCGGAGGUAUCGACGGCACUCAGUGGGCCAUCUCGAUCAUCACAGGGUUCAUCUGUAUUCCAUGGGCUGUUGCGAUUAGAUACUUCCCUGAUCCUUGGUUCGCCGCCAUUGCGCGCGUUACGGGAACUCCGGUUGUUAUUGCUUACAGAUGGACUGGCAGGACUUGCUCUGCUAUUGGCGGUCUCUUCCGCAAGAAGAAGACACAGGAUCCCGAUAAGGACGUGGCCAUUGCGACACCACCCAUUUUUGUUGUUGACGAUACUGCGUCGUCUCGGGAGAAGGAUAGGUCUCAUGUGUAA